CAACGACGACGAGCAGCAGCGGGCAUUGACACACGGAGCACUGCCAGCGCGACAACAACACAGACACUCCUGAACACUGUAGGGGAUGGCAGUGAAUGUGUACGCCACAUCUGUGUCCAUUGACAACCUCAGCCGACAUGACAUGCUGGCAUGGGUCAACGAUUCUUUGCACCUCACCUACACCAAGAUCGAACAGCUCUGUUCAGGAGCGGCGUACUGCCAGUUCAUGGACAUGUUGUUUCCGGGGUGCAUUCUUCUGAAGAAGGUCAAAUUUCAAGCCAAGCUGGAGCAUGAAUUUAUACACAACUUCAAAGUUCUUCAAGCAGCUUUUAAAAGGAUGAGUGUUGACAAAAUUAUUCCUGUAGAAAAGCUUGUAAAAGGGAAAUUCCAGGACAACUUUGAAUUCGUGCAGUGGUUCAAGAAGUUCUUCGACGCCAACUACGAUGGGAAGGAGUACGACCCUUUACUAGCCAGACAGGGGCAGGACGUGGCCCCUCCCCCCAAUCCAGGUGAUCACUUUAUCCACAAACCAAAGAGAAACCCAGGACCACAGAGGACAUCUCCGACAGUUCCCAAAAACAUGCCAACACCACAGCGGGUCCAGCACAACACUCCAGCCUUGAGGAAGAACCCGACUUUGUCUAGAAACGGGGGCAGUGAUGCUGAGAUCAUGGAGCUAAAUCAACAGUUGAUGGAGCUGAAGUUGACUGUAGAUGGCCUAGAGAAGGAGAGAGACUUCUACUUCAGCAAACUACGGGACAUCGAGCUGAUCUGCCAGGAACACGAGAGUGAAAACAACCCCAUCCUCAGCAGGAUAAUUGACAUUCUCUACGCAACAGAGGAAGGCUUUGCACCUCCAGAUGAUGACGACCUCGACGAACAAGCUCACCUGGACCAGGACGAAUACUGAACCCAUCGUCUCCUUCUCCCCCCCAUGCCCCCAGCAUCUCAUCUUCCAUCUUCCCUUUUCUUUUUUGCCCUCAUUUUGUUUUAUACUCUCUGCACGCUUUCUAUAAAUACUCACCAUCGUCCCCGCUCUCCGUCUGUCUUUUCCUUUCUUUCUCAUAUGUAUAUCUGUUGGUAACCGACCCCCUCCGCCCUCUGGCCGUCUUCAUCACUAUACACAACUCGUCAUCAUCUGCUGCUCCUCCCUGCCUCCACUUACACAGUAACAAUAACAGUAAUGUAUGACAUAUCCCAGUUAUUUCAGCAUGAGUAACGCAGAAAACAGAGCCGAGCCUGGCAUGGAGGUUGUUAACAGUGAGUUCUCAAGCCUGUAAAUAUUUCCAACAUUUAGAUUUUUCUUAAAGAACAAAUGUCUUCUGCUCAUUCUGGAGUUAUUUAUUUGCCUUUGGUGCGCUGUUAAUACUACUUUUAGAGCACAGAACAACGACUCUGCUCCGAUGUGCCAUCAGGACACUCCCUGAGCUAACUAAAACUGUAACAAAAGUGACUUUUUAAUAACAAUUUCUUAUUUAUUUAACUUAUAUUUCAUUUAGAUUAACUUUCUGUAGCAAAAAUUGGUGCAAGCCUACUGUACAUGAAUUGAAAGCUGAGGCCACGUGUGUUAUUUCAGUUUGCGCUUGAGUCAGCAUCGAGCUUUUGGCUUCUGCUGUGGUGGGGUCACGGCAUGUAGAAACGCUGAAAAGAAACUCUUUGGUGUGAUGACUCAAGGCUUAUAUGAUCAGUGCUCUGCGAUUAUUCGUUAUUGAUCAGCAACAUAUCUGAGCAUGAGAAUGUUACACAUUGACUGUGAAUGAGUGAUAUUUUGUAAAUGUAUUUUGUGUGGAGAUUUUGUCCGAUGUCGCACGAUCCCGGUUAAUCGCCGUUGUAUCUUUUAGGCUGACAUGCAGUAGCCUAUAAGUUUAAAAAUUUUAGAGGUGGAAACGCACCUGCAGGUUGACAACAUGGUUAUAGAUUGUAGCAGUUCUAAUGUUUUACUCUGACGCGUGACGGACACUGAAUCAAUACAGACACAUUUUCACAUGGCAGCCUUUGUCAUGUUUCUACUGCUAAUCAUACUGUGUUUAUACUUUUAACUUGUUGUAAAAGGUCGCCCAGGGUUUAUCCGUUGUAGUCUGGAAGAAAGUCACUACGAAGAGAUCUAAGACCAGCUGACUGGUUAUCACUAGCAUCCAGUUAAACAGGGACGUCUCCUUGUCCUUCCCUAGCUAUUUUUACUUUGCAAACUGGCUGUUGUCUGCUCUGGAAACUUGCAUUCAUUGACCAUGUGAACAUCUACAGAACACUCAUCUUUUGAGUUUUGAAUAAAUAAACAGUUGUGAAACAGAA